AUGGUGACAAUGCGGCUGGUUCGUUGGCUUGCGCUGUGCCAGUUGGCGGUCAGGAGAGAGGUGAUUCCCGAUCCAUGCGGCGAGAGCUGCGUCAGUCGCCCAGACGCAGGUGACACUGCCUUGUUGCAGACAGCGAAAGCCUCUGGCGACUCUGGCGAGCCCAUCUCUUCGAAAGAGUUCGCGGAGAAGAUGCAGUGCGAUGCACCGGAGAAUUCCUUCUCUCUCAUCGGAGGUGGCUGGACUUUGGUCUUGAGCGAUUUCCAAAACCCUGGUAUCCUUUGGGGGGACCUUGCGGUGAUUUGGGAGAAGGGAGGUCCUCACAAGGAGUACUUGGGCAUCGAUUACACCUUCAUGUCGCAGAGUUAUAGCUUCACGGACUACCUGACUGUGUCCUCUUAUUUGGGCGUGACGCUUCUUCCCAUGACGCUCUGGGCCUCGCAAGUCAUCAAGCUAUUCCUGCCGCUGCCCUUUGCCACUGGUUGCAACGAUUUCUGGAAGGACAAAGGCUUCAGCGGCCUCUACGUCACGCCGCCAUGGAACCUGGCGGCAUUGAAAAGCCCGGGCUUUGACGAUGCAGGCUGGCCGCGAUCCAUGGACCCCGAGGAUCUCAUUGUUGACAGCUUGGCCUUCCGCAUCCGUGUCCAGCCAAGGCUGAAGGUUCUCCCAGGUGAAAGCCCGGAUGCCCCGCCGACCAUGGAGGUGCGAUUGCAAUCCUUUUUGGAGCUCCGCCCCGUCUUCCGUACCCCCAGGCCGAGGCCGACGCCAACCACGACAACCACCACCACGAGGCCAUACGACCGCCGACGCCGUGGCCACACCGACGCCCCGCCGCCUGACGUCUUGGAGUGGUGCGACAAAAAUCUUCGCGGGGUUCCUUGCGGUAUCGUGCUCAGAGUCCUCGUCAAUCCAUUGUGGACCUGUGUCCGAUGCUGUCCAGUGGUGCCUAAAUGCCGGGACUGCCUCUUCCCGUGUCAAGUUGCCUCCCACCUCCUAUCCAACAGCUCCGACUCCGAGGGAUCCCCGAGCAUCAGCUACCAGGUUAAUCGGCUGCCAGGGGUUGAUUUGGCUGCUCCAGGCGAGCUCAGCGAGCUGGAGUGGUUUGCAGAGUCACCUGAGUGGCAGCGAGUGCAAGACUUCAAGGAGACCGUAGAUGAGGAGACCGUGCCCCCAGGAAACGUGUGGGUCACCGACGGCGACUGCCCCGUGCCUUUCGCGAUCGGCGGCGGUUGCAAAUGCAAGGAGGACUGCUGGCGGCUGCCCUACUUCGACCCAAAAAUCACAUCGGACACGAGCCUUUCCUGCAUCGACCGGUCAGCAUUUGACCCUCUACCUAUCCACCCGGUGGCCCUUCGCAAGACGAUAUGUGGGCCUAGGAGGGUUCAUGCGGCUUCCACGCGGGGCAAGACAAUGCAGCUCGACGGCAUCGUCGCGCGGUGCGAGGUGGGAACGUUGAUAGGUGGUGCUUGCAGUAAGCUCUUGCCGCUCUGGCCACACGAUGGCGCCGACUACCUAGCUGCGUUUCCUGAAGAUCAGAACAUGUUCCGAUGCCUCGGAACCGGCGAGUGGAGUGAGAAGCCAGUCCACGAGACAGUGGCCUCUGCAUGGUGUCUGGAGCUUGAGGGGAAUGAGAAGGUCAUCAUGGUCAGGAGGGAAGGUCGUGACAGUGCUUCUGUCCAAUGUCCUGAUGGUUAUCAGGUUGUGGGAGGGGGGUGCACCUUUAUCGAGGGCACGGAGUUCACGCUUCGUGAGUCUUACCCAACAUCCCGGAACACAUGGGAGUGCGUCUUUGACUCGACACAGUCCUGUGGCGAAGGCAGUCCGGUGUGUCUGCGAAGUGAGGCUCGCGCUAUGUGCCUGGGCAUUGCAAGUGCACAGUAA